GGGCUUUUUCUUGGAUCUGAAUCUGCAUAGGAGGAGAAAAAUCGAAGGUGAUCGGCACCACGCUUGCAGGUAAGCCUAACCCGAUUUACUCCUUCCUUCUUUUCUGUUUCAUUGAAUCUGGGGAAUUUUUUCCGGCCAUGGAAAUUGCUUCGGGAGUUAUGGUUCUUCAUCCAAGCGAAAAAGUUUCGGUUUGAUCUGGACGAAGUUGUCCGAAUUUGUUAAAACAUAUUUCGGGUCUGUUUUUGGCUAGCAUUUUAUCAGGAUUCUUUGAAAUCCUCGGUGAAUUUGUGUUGCAACCACUGCUUGGUCACAACCGUAAAUAUAAUUAUGCGAAAGAAGUUUUCUGUUUGUGCAAAUUCACCAAUUUUCUAGGUGUUGGUGAGAAUAAAAGAAGAAAAUGGUCUUUGGCAGAAUUGCGGACGUUAUUUCCGCUGCAUCAAGCCGUUUGUCGGCUCCACAGUCUUCUUCUUCUUCGUCGUCGUCGUCUUCCUUCUCUUCUACCGCUCCCUAUGCGUCGGUCGGAAUACCGCCUCAGGCGCCCUCUUCUAAUGUAUUUGGGUUCGGCAACAAUACUUACCAUAAGAACAAUAUCAGAAUCUCUUCGUCUCUCCAGGAUUUCUCUGCUUAUCAUCCGCUUGACCGCGAAGAAGUUUAUCUCGCCGCCCAUUUAAAGCAUCCGCAUCCUUUGCAGAGAGACAAUGCCGGCUCUAGUUUCUCCAAAGAAAGGGCGUUGCCGGGAGGAACCCAGUCUAAGCGCAACAAGUGGUUGCGACUUCUCAUGCUUAUCCUCUGCCUCUUGUUGUUGGGUCUUCUAAUUUAUAUGAUUUGUGUGUAUGUUUAUUCUUACUGGUCUCAAGGAGCUUCCAAAUUCUACGUUGUGCUUGAUUGUGGAAGUACCGGAACUAGAGUUUAUGUUUAUCAAGCAACUGUUGUUCGCAACAAUGCUGGCACUCUCCCUAUUGUCUUGAGAUCAUUAAAUGAAGGUCUUCACAAGAAGCCUAGUUCGCAGAUCGGGCGUGCUUAUGAUCGAAUGGAGACCGAGCCUGGGUUUCAUAAGUUGGUGCACAAUGUAUCUGGCUUGAGAACUGCAAUUAGACCACUUGUCCGGUGGGCAGAGAAGCAAAUCCCCAAGCAUGCACAUAAGACCACCUCUCUCUUCGUUUAUGCUACAGCUGGGGUUCGCAGGCUGCCGGCUGCCGACUCAAAAUGGCUUUUAGAAAAUGUAUGGUCCAUACUCAAAACCUCAUCUUUUCUGUGCCAAAGAGGCUGGGUUAAAAUUAUCAGUGGCCCAGAGGAAGCUUAUUAUGGAUGGAUAGCCCUUAACCAUCGCACAGGUAUGUUAGGGGCCCGACCAAGAAAGUCGACGUUUGGUGCUCUUGACUUGGGUGGCUCGUCCUUGCAGGUUACAUUUGAAAGCAAGGAAAACGUAAAUAAUGAGACUAGCUUAAAACUUAGAAUAGGAGCUGUUAACCAUCAUCUCACCGCCUAUUCUCUCUCGGGCUAUGGUUUAAAUGAUGCCUUUGACAAGUCCGUGGUCCAACUUUUUAAGAGGGUUCCAGAAAUCACCAAGAGAGAUGCAAUCAACGGAAAAAUAGAACUAAAGCAUCCUUGCUUACAUUCUGGGUACAAGGAGCAAUAUAUCUGUUCUCAGUGUGCUUUGGAUUACCAGGAAGGUGGGAGCCCCGUGAUUGUAGGAAAACAUUUGGGUAAAGGUCGAAAGUCGGGCAUUGCUGUACAGCUUGUUGGUGCUCCGAAUUGGGAGGAAUGCAGUGCGCUGGCAAAGGUUGCUGUUAAUUUGUCUGAAUGGUCAAAUAAAAACCUGGGAAUUGACUGUGAUGUGCAGCCUUGUGCUCUUCCUGAUAGUUUUCCUCGCCCCAUUGGCCCGUUCUACGGAAUGUCUGGUUUUUUUGUGGUGUAUCGGUUUUUUAAUUUGUCUUCAAAAGCCACAUUAGAUGAUGUAUUGGAAAAGGGUCGCCAAUUUUGUGAAAAAACUUGGGACGUUGCAAGAAAGAGCGUUGCACCUCAGCCCUUUAUUGAACAGUACUGCUUUAGGGCACCAUAUAUCGUGUCACUGUUGAGAGAAGGCUUGCAUAUCACAGAUAGCCAAAUCAUUAUUGGUUCUGGAAGUAUUACUUGGACUCUUGGAGUCGCCUUGUCAGAAGCUGGGAAAGUAUUUUCAUCUAGGAUGUGGCUUAACAGUUAUGAAAUACUCCAGAUGAAGAUAAACCCUAUAGUCCUUAUUUCCAUUUUGUUAAUUUCAUUGGUUCUCCUAGUUUGUGCGUUAUCAUCUAUUGGCAAUGGUAUGCCAAGAUUUUUCCGGAGGUCAUGUCUCCCUCUUUUCAGGCAUAAUAGUGCGCAGAACACAUCUGUUCUUAAUAUCCCAUCUCCUUUCAGAUUGCAGCGUUGGAGUCCAAUCAGUUCUGGAGAUGGAAGAGUGAAGAUGCCACUGAGUCCAACAGCCCAAGAAAGACCAUUUGGUUUUGGACAUGGCCUCAACAGCAGCAGCAGCAGCAGCAGCAGCAGCAUCCAGCUCAUGGAGUCUUCCUUAUACUCAUCAACUAGCAGUGUUUCACAUAGUUACUCCUCAAAUAGUUUGGGGCAGAUGCAAUUUGAUGGCAGUAGCAUGGCUCCCUUCUGGCCCCCCCACAGAGGCCAGAUGCGUCUUCAAAGUCGGAGAUCACAAUCCCGAGAAGACCUUAAUUCUUCACUAGCUGAGGCGCACAUGGUGAAGGGCUAGGGCAUGCUUUACCCUUAAUCUGCUUGUAUCGGAUUUUGCCAAGGAUUAUUGUGGGGCUAAGGUUUGGAUGGGCUGGCCUGGCUACUGAUUCCAACUGAUUCUGCAGGGCAGAGAUUUUAUCACAUUUUAACAGGAUUCUUUCGCAAAUUACCCAGUCUAAACAGGCUUGCCUUGAGGUUCCAGUUAAGGUUUUAUCACCCUUCUUCAAUGGUUAUCUUAUCACUCCAUGGUCUGCCACUCCUACGGUCAAGAUCUGAAGCCUAUCCACAAUUUUCAAGCAUGAACUGUUCCUCAGGGCAAGCCAUUGACAACUAUUAGAGUAGACUAGAGUUAGCUGUUACUUAUUACUUCUUCCCUCUUUUGUUUAGCCUCUGUUAAGACGAAUUGAUUGAUUGAAGAGAUAAAUCCUGGGAAGAGGAUAUACACAAAUCACCUUUUAUACAUGAAAUAUAUAUGUUCGUUCAUUCUCAUUACAGUGCAGGUUCCACCUGCUUUUUGGAGAAGUUUAAGUGCAACAUUUUAGAUUCAAACCAAAUAUGGUUCAGCGGUA